ACCUCUUUUUCACAGUGAUCGAAGUACAUGUAAAAAGCACAUAUACGUUAUUAUGUACAGAUGAAUGAAAGAUGGAUGAAAAUCCAUCAAUUUCAAUCGUAUGAUAUAAAACAUAUAAAUAACGGCAAUAAAUACUGUUUAUUUUAUUGGAAUUGUAUGCAAGCAGAUUCAUACUAUGGCUACCUGUCAAUCGUGCUGACGUUGGGUCAAUAUAACGAGCAAUUUUAUAACUAUUACGAAUUUGAGAUUACUAAUGUAUAUACGUUGAAUAUUUACGCCGUAUAUUACGAUUUCACUUUGUUACAUCAAGGGUCGAGAUUUUCGAGACUCUGAUAAUUGAUUAUAAAGGAAAGUCAAACUUGGUCAUCAGAUCCUUUAGAAAGACCCCAUUCCAAAAAUACAAGGCCUUUUAAGAAUAACGGUUUUUCUUAGCCGAAAUAAAAAUGUCGAUUAACAAUGCUUUAUUGUGCGCCACGAGGUUAAAAAACGAGUCGAAGACCGCUCCCUAUCAGAUGGGCGACAUUAAAUAUUAUGGUAAAAGAAGAAGUAUUGUAAGGAGAAUUGGAUCUUUUUUACCAUUGAAGCCCCCGCCAAAAAUAUAUGUCAGUGUGACACCAUUACACUUGAUGACAAAUUCUAUGAUUAAUGAGGAAACUAGUAGCAAUUAUAUUGAUACAAAUGGAUAUCCCAUAAGGUCAGAUCUGUUCGAACCGAUUAGUUUUGGAUCAGAAGUACGAUUGCUCGCGUUAGAGCAAGAAUUACAAGAGCUUAGGGAACAAAUUUCAACAAUUGUGAAAAAUAAUAAAUUGUCCAAAUAUGCAUCUGUAGCAUCUUUGUCCAAUGGAGAAGAUAAUCUAAAGUCUUUGUCAGUGCCACUACCACCUCCUCCUCCACCUCCACCACCACUUCCACUUCUAUUGUUACCACCCACAACACCCCAUAUCGCGAGAAGGGCUAGUUUGCAAGAUCACAAAAUUGAAGAUCGCAAGAAAAUUCUAUUUAGUGUAAAAAAAUCGACGGGUGAUAUGCUGAAGGAUAUUGAUAAUGUAAAAUUAAGACCAGUUGCAAGGUCUCCAGGCGGUCAUCCUAUGCGAAUGAAACGUGAGAAAAGUCCAUGCAAUGAUUUGCAAGAAAUUUUACGAAGGCGCUACAUUGCAAUGCAAUCUCCCGAUAGUAAGAAUUCAUCAGCCAAUUUAGCUAUGGACAAUUCAUUUUGAAUGGAUUCAAAACAAAUUGUCCAUAAUUAAGUAUGUGAAAAAUUUUUCGAAUAUUUUCUUUAUACGAAAUUUAGAGCUUUUAC